UUAUAGUCUGUAUUGAACAUGAGCAUGAACAAAUAACUUGUCAUUCUCUGUUUAAGAGUUUGUUGAAUUUACGUACGUAGGAACAAACAAAUAACCAUAACAAUAUCACAAGAAGUGCUGAAGUAUUUUAAUUUUGGUAGUUAACCAAGCCAAAAUAUGUUUCAAUUCGGUUUUAACAUGUUCCCGGAGAUCCCGCGACCAUUUAAUGUUACUUACCAAAGUUAUUCAAUUGCAAUGCUACCAGGAAAUGAAAGACAAGAUGUAGAACGGGGUGGCAAAAUAAUUAUGCCACCAAGCGCUCUGGAGCAGUUGACUAGACUCAAUAUAAAUUAUCCCAUGCUAUUUAAGUUGGUCAAUAAGUCAACUAACAAGGUAACACACUGUGGGGUCUUAGAGUUUGUAGCCGAUGAAGGAAAAGUUUAUUUGCCACUCUGGAUGAUGCGUAACAUGAUGUUAGAAGAAGGUGAUUUGGUUCAAAUGGAGAGCAUUUCACUGCCAGUUGGUACAUUUGCAAAAUUUCAGCCCCAUUCACCAGAUUUCCUGGAUAUAACCAAUCCAAAAGCAGUUCUGGAAAAUUGUCUGAGAUCAUUUGCCUGUCUUACAACUGGAGAUAUUAUUGCCGUUCAAUACAACCAAAAAAUAUAUGAAUUGUGUGUGUUAGAAACUAAACCAGGAAAUGCCAUAAGCAUUAUAGAGUGUGAUAUGAAUGUGGAUUUUGCACCCCCCGUGGGAUACAAGGAACCUGAGAUGGUUAAAAAACAGCAAGAGGAGACUAUGGCGGUUGACCCAGCGGAUUUGAUGCCUGAACCAUCUGGGUUUGUAGCAUUUAAAGGUGCAGGAAAUAGAUUAGAUGGCAAGAAAAAAAAGGAAUCCUCAGCAUCAGAAAGCCCUCUUCCAAAACCAGUCUAUGUUCGUGGCAUACCUGAUUACGAUUAUGAAAUUGGGACACUUAAAUUUAUAAGGAGGACAGUUAAACAAAAAAGCAAUCAAAAUGAGGAAUCUGAUGAAUUUAAACCAUUUAGCGGAGCCGGUUUUAGUUUGCGAAGCAGAAAUUGAGUCUUUUAGCUUUUAGAAUUAAUUUAUUUUUAGUAAAUGUUUUUAGUUUGAAUUUUCAUAAUUUUUUAAAGCAGAUACCAGUUUUGUUUUAUUUUUGGAAGUUGUUGCAAAAAGUUUGCAAAUAAGAAAUAAUGGUUUAAUGGAUUGUGAAUGUCAUUUUAAUUUUGAAUUUCACCAUUCAAUUAGGCCAUUGUUACAUAUUUAUACACACAGGUUGACCCUUUAUCUUCUGACAAUACCUUAUCUAAAAAUCUUUUCAAUUACAUAUAUUAUAUUUUUCUUUUAAUUAUAU